UCACAAUUAACAAACAAGUUGCCCGGCCCACUAUGGCGACACUGCAGCGCCUAUGGUUCUAAACAUCCGGUGAUUGUCUCAAACAUUCGGGCACUUCCGUCUCCUGGAAACCGCCGCCUCUUUGGUUCCCACCCAACCAAACAAAGCUCAGAUGGAGAUUUCUCCCGGUUCAGAAACAGCUCUGUCUCCGGCCAGCUGAUCCCCGUCACUUAGCGCGACUUGUUAUUAGAAAACCAAGCUCAUGUUUGCCGGUUACUACCUCUGUCGUUAACGUUAUCUACAACUGACGGUUUGUUAUUGCAGCCAUUGCGCAACAGUAACGUUAGCUAGCUGCCGCUGACAGUAUCCAAACGGCAGCCGGUUUGUCGGGUACCGGCUGUACUUUAAAACGGGUUUGACAAACACGGAUGAAAGCCCCGGUUCGGUUCGGCUCCUGCUCGGAGUUCAGAUGUUGAGGAAGAUUUGUUGACUCAAGCUAGCUACCAGCACACUGAGCAGCCCUGAACAUUAACUCCCUCCUCCUGUUUGCUCUGCUGCGGUCUCGUCCUGGGCUUUUCCUCCACACUCCAGUCACCAUGAGUGCAAUGCGUGUGGACGCCAAAGUGGUGAUGCUGGGAAAGGAGAGUGUGGGAAAGACCAGCCUGGUGGAGAGAUACGUUCAUCAUCGCUUCUUGGUCGGCCCGUACCAGAACACUAUCGGUGCUGCUUUUGUUGCCAAACCAAUCCAGGUGGGAGAGAAAGUGAUCACUCUGGGAAUAUGGGACACAGCUGGAUCAGAGCGCUACGAAGCCAUGAGCAGAAUCUACUACAGAGGAGCCCGGGCAGCCAUCGUCUGCUACGAUCUGACUGACGGCAGCAGUUUCCAGCGAGCUCGCUUCUGGGUGAAGGAGCUGCAGAACUGCGAGGAACACUGUAAGAUCUACCUGUGUGGCUCUAAGAGCGACCUGAUUGAAGGAGAUCGGAGUCUGCGCCAAAUCGACUUCCACGAUGCUCAGGACUUUACUGACGAGAUCGGCGCGCUGCACUUCGAGACCUCCAGUAAAACAGGAAAUAACGUCGAUGAGUUGUUCCAGAAAGUUGCUGAAGAUUACAACAGCACUGCCUUCCAGUAUAUGACAGCAGAGGAAACGGGCGUGGACUUGGGCCAGAAGAAAGACUCAUAUUUCUACUCCUGUUGCCAUAACAACUGAUGGCGAGCAACAGGAAGGGAAACAGAAGUUGUCACCUUCCCUCGGCUGGAGUAAAAACCUGGAUUUUAUGUUGGAUUGACGGAUGGGUGUUUGGAUAACUCCGCUCCGGAGCUGGCAUCCACACCACAGAAGAAGAAGAACUCAAGCAGCGCUUAUAUUUAGUUCCAUAUCUUUAUUUCUUUUGUGCCAUAAAAAAAAAAAAACCUGACUGCUGCAAAACUUCAUAGAAGAGGAUCUACUACGACUGCAACUGUUACUGGGUUUCUCUUUUCCUUCUGUAGCUUCUUCUGAGCUGGACCAUGGAAGUAAAAAGCUUUGUGGUGUUUAUCAAUCGGAAGUUAAAGAGGAUCCUUCUGUACACGGACUGGCAGAGAGAACGUGAUUGUUGUAGCGAGUGCUUCGGGAGGGGAGUGGUUGUGGAAACCAGUAUGAUAUCCUGCACAUCUUCGGUGAAGUGAAGCCAACUAGAUAUAAAAAAACAAAACGCGCCUAUGAUCAGUUACAGAAGCCGAGAGGCAAGUGAGAAAAGAAUCCUGCGGAUCUGUUUUCUGUGUCUGAUCUAGAUUCUCUCCUGUAUUUAUGACUUUAUUUAUUUAUUAUUUUCAUCUGUGAAGCAGGUGGUUGAAAGGUUUUGCCAGGUGACAUUUCUUUUUUUUUUUUUUGCCAGGUCAAUUUCUUUAACUUUUUUUUACUCACUUGGCCAAAUUGUUUCCCCCACCCUGUUAUUCAUAAACACAGGAGAGAAACAUUUAGAUCAGACUUCUCUCUCACACUUAAUUUAAAUUAAUUUAUUCUUAUACCUUUUACAAAUCUGGUGUAACUCAUGAAUUAAAUGAUACCAAUGAUCUUAUAAAGGCCUUAAUACCCGCAGUAGAAAUGUGUCAACACCUUUACCACAUUAUGGAUGUAUUAAGAGAUCUGGAUACAGCGCCACCACGCAGCCAGUGGUCACUAUCGGUACUGCAACAAAAAGCUUUUUACCCAUAGGUUACCAUAAUAAGAGACCGCUUUAACAUCUUAAACUGCAGUUUAAUUAUUGCUUUGUCUAAAUAAUUGCAAUCCAUGGAGGUUUUGUAUUUGUAAAACUUUCCCAGUCAUCCCAAAGUAAAGUUUAUGGGAUGCACGGGAAUAUGCUGACAGCUGGGAAACCUCUUUUUUUUGGCUCAAGCAAUCUGUGAGCAACUUCCUUUCAAAAGAAUAGUGGCCAUCUUUGUAGUCCGGUAUCCAGUUCCUAUAAUACAUCCACAGUGACGGCGUGCAUGUAUCUGGUACAUUAUAUUUUGCAGCAUAAGCUAUGAUUCUGAAUUUACGAGGACUUUGAAGUUUUGCCAACACUGUAAUUAAAUUGCAUGGCCUGAGUGGAUUUAGAGUUUAAAUGCAGCAACUGUCCUUAAGAUAGAACAUCUUAAGGACAGUUGCUUUUCUGCAUUUAAAGUCUAAAUGUUCUAUUUUGUAAUUUAAAAUGCAUAGUACACACAAGGAAAUGUGUCAAACUUUCUUUUAGUCUUUUGUUGCAGUGAAAUGUUCCUUUUGAAGCUUUGAAAGGUUUUAAGAAACACUUAAAGAACAUGCUGUUCCCCUCCCACUGUGGUGAGAAACUGCACAUUUCACAAACACAGGAAAGAAACGCGUGUGGGUGAAUGUUGUAAUAUUGUUCAAACUGUCAUCCGAACAAUAUUUACAGCUGUAUUUAACUGAAAGACUCUAAUUUAUUGCCUUUUAAGUUGUGCUGCCUGGAAGACGUGGGGAAAUAAAUGAACACAAUAUCAGUUUC